UUCGUUGUAACACCCAUUUAUAUCUAUCAGGUGCCCUUGGGUACACAGAUACUUCUUCUUGAUCCUUCGCUUCCGCGAGAAAUUGGUUUUCUCACUCAGGAGGCUGCGCUAUUUGUAGCCGCACAUGGAGGUUCCGGGGGUAAAGGUAAUACGUUUUUGACCAACGCAGCUCAUCGUGGCGCUGAAGGCGAGACCCGUCGACUGUUGUUACGUGUGACCCAAUUAGCUCAGCUCGGUCUUGUGGGAGCGCCGAAUGCGGGUAAAUCUACCCUGUUGCGGCGUAUUACGAGAGCUCGACCGAAGGUCGCACCGUAUCCAUUCACCACUUUGAAGCCUCAUUUAGGUGUAAUCAAAGGCUUGGACAAUGUACGUUCUGAUGAUGUUCGAUCGUCUCAGGAAAAACCAACCGAUUUGACCGACGUUCUCUUCUUGGAUCGGGUUACAGUAACAAUUUUUUGCAUGCUAUUUUUAAUUUUAAUUUGUAUAUUCUUGAGAUCGCACACAAUAAAGGAUGCAUUUACGCCACUGACUUCAGUCUCCAGCCAAAGACAAUCCGAAUCUUUUGGCCCCAUCCGGGGAGUCGGGAAGCUCCAGCGGAAGGCAGAUCCGAGCUCAAUCUCUCUAACCCUCUGUGCGAAGUAA